GGUUCCCUAGUGGGCGGGGAGUUUCUCUGCAACUCUCGGAGGAGUUCGAGAGAAAUUCGAAUUGCCCUAAUUCACCUUCAUUUCUCAUUUUCCUUUCCUCUAACUAAUCUUCCACCUCUUGAUUCUUUUCCUUGAUUCGUUACAGUUCUAAAGUUCCCUCGUUCGAACUCUCUCCUUCCCCUAUUUAUCGAUAGUUUCCAUACAUUUUUCAUUCGAAUUGUCGUUGGUUACAGUUUUCGAACAUGGAUUUAGCGAGUAAGAUUCAGUGCAUCGAUCUUCGAUCGAGUUUCCUCUCUGGUUCAGCUCUUUUAGAUGCUCGGAAAACCAGUGUUCUACCUCGUUUUCGCCCCAUUUCGGCGUCUCUAACCCAGACCAGGCGAAGUUCUGAUGAUUUAGUUAAGCUUAAUUUUGUGUUUAACCCUAGGAAGAAAAAUCUUGGAGUUUCAGCCUCGACGGCAACAGUGGAGGCCGAAACCGCCAUUGAAGAUAUAGAAUCGCUGUUCUCUGAGACUUCUGUGGAUGUGACUCAGCAGAAACGGAUUAGUAAACAGUCGAGUGGUGGUGCUUCGAGUGUUUCUUCUGGUGUUAAGUUAGAAAACAUUAGUAAAAGCUAUAAAGGGGUGACUGUUCUGAAGGAUGUUAGCUGGGAAGUGAAGAAAGGGGAGAAAGUAGGGUUAGUUGGAGUAAACGGUGCAGGAAAGACAACUCAAUUGAGGAUAAUUACGGGCCAGGAGGAACCUGAUUCUGGGAAUGUAAUUAAGGCAAAACCGAACAUGAAAAUUGCAUUCUUGAGUCAAGAAUUUGAGGUUUGUCCGAGCAGGACAGUUAAGGAGGAGUUCAUGAGUGCUUUCAAGGAGGAGAUGGAAAUUGCGGAGAGGUUAGAGAAGGUUCAGAAGGCACUUGAGAAUUCGGUGGACGAUUUGGUGCUGAUGGGCAGGCUUCUGGAUGAACUGGAUUUACUUCAGAGGCGAGCUCAGGCCAUUGAUUUAGAUGAGGUUGAAGUGAAAAUUAAUAAGAUGAUGCCUGAGCUUGGAUUCUCCAUGGAAGAUUCCGAUCGGCUGGUGGCAUCAUUCAGCAGUGGUUGGCAGAUGAGGAUGUCCCUCGGAAAAAUUCUUCUUCAGGAGCCAGAUUUAUUACUUCUUGAUGAGCCAACGAACCACCUUGAUCUUGACACAAUUGAGUGGCUUGAAGCUUAUCUUAACAAGCAAAGAGUGCCAAUGGUCAUCAUAUCCCAUGACAGAGCUUUUCUUGAUCAGCUCUGUACAAAAAUCGUGGAAACUGAUAUGGGUGUGUCCAGGACAUAUGAGGGAAAUUAUUCCCAGUAUGUUAUUGCUAAGGCAGCAUGGAUAGAAGCUCAGUAUGCUGCAUGGGAGAAGCAGCAGAAGCAAAUUGAGCACACAAAAGAUAUAAUAAACAGGUUGAGUGCAGGAGCAAAUGCUGGCCGAGCAUCCACCGCAGAAAAGAAGCUGGAAAAACUUCAAGAUGAGGACCAAGUUGAGAAGCCAUUCCAGCGGAAACAAAUGAAGAUCAGAUUCCCAGAGCGUGGAAGAAGUGGAAGAUCUGUAGUAACAAUCAAGAAUCUAGAAUUUGGAUAUGAAGAUAAGGUUCUUUUCAAGAAGGCAAACCUUUCAAUUCAAAAGGGUGAGAAAGUUGCUAUUAUUGGUCCAAAUGGAUGUGGAAAGAGUACAUUGCUUAAACUCAUUAUGGAAUUAGAGAAACCAGGAGGAGGUGAAGUUAUAAUGGGGGAGCACAAUGUUCUCCCAAACUAUUUUGAACAGAACCAGGCGGAGGCACUCGAUUUGGAUAAAACAGUUCUUCAGACAGUGGAAGAAGUUGCAGAAGAUUGGAGAAUUGAUGACAUAAAGGGACUUCUUGGUCGUUGCAAUUUCAAGGCAGACAUGCUUGAUAGAAAGGUGUCACUUCUGAGUGGUGGUGAGAAGGCUCGUCUUGCCUUUUGCAAAUUCAUGGUGAAGCCAUCAACAUUGUUGGUUCUGGAUGAACCAACCAAUCAUCUGGAUAUCCCAUCAAAGGAGAUGCUUGAGGAAGCAAUAGCAGAGUACAAGGGAACUGUCAUCACAGUUUCUCAUGAUCGAUAUUUCAUAAAGCAAAUAGUUAACAGAGUGGUAGAGGUUAAGGACAACACAUUACAAGAUUAUGCGGGUGAUUACAAUUAUUAUCUAGAGAAGAACCUUGAUGCUAGAGAAAGGGAGCUCCAACGUGAGGCAGAGCUUGAGGAGAAGGCUCCUAAAGUAAAAGCCAAGUCUAAGAUGUCAAAGGCAGAGAAAGAAGCUCGAAAGAAGCAGAGAAUGAUGGCAUUUCAGCAGGCAAAAGCUAAAUCAAAAGGGUUGAAGAAUGCAAAACGUUGGAAUUGAUGGAUACCAUUCUUUAUUGCUUGACCCCAAUCCACCAUUGUAUAUCCAACCCCUCAUGUAAAGGUUAACUGGCCAGACCAAAGCCCGACAUUGAACCAAUGUCUAUAUUAUAGGGAAUGAAAUACAUGCUCAGUGGAUAUUUUUAUGUUAAGGUGGCAGCAGCUAUGGCUGAGAUGCUGGCACUGUGAAACGCAAUUUCCUGCAGGGUUGCACAUGGGCGUCAAUUGCGGGUUCCCAGCAGCUAUGGCUGAGAAGCCAGAACUGUGAAACGCGAUUUUCUGCAGAGUUGGACGGGUGUCAAUUGCGGGUUCCUCAUCCUCUGUAAAAUUGUCCUCAAUUGUUACUACCAGACUCGAUACAAGCCUUCUUCAUAUUACAUGAACUAGUUGAAAU